UGGUGCCAGGCGACAGAGGAGAUAACCGGCGCCGCGGGGCAGCGGCAGCCACGCGGCCAGGCGAGGCCAGCACCAUGGCCUCCGGGGCGCCCGGGGAGCGGCUCCGGGAGGAGGCCCGGUGCUCCGUGUGCCUGGAUUUCCUGCAGGACCCCAUCAGCGUGGACUGCGGCCACAGCUUCUGCCUCCGGUGCAUCUCGGAGUUCUGCGAGAAGUCGGAGAGCGCGCAGGGCGACGUGUACGCUUGUCCUCAGUGCCGCGGCCCCUUCAGGCCCGAGAACUUUCGGCCCAACCGGCAGCUGGCCAGCCUGGUGGACAGCGUGCGGCAGCUCGGGCUGGGCGCGGAGCCCGCGGGGGCGCGCCAGUGCGCGCGGCACGGCGAGGACCUGAGCCGCUUCUGCGAGGAGGACCAGGCACUCCUGUGCUGGCUCUGCGACACCACGCCCGAGCACCAGGGCCACCGCACGGUGCCGCUGCGGGAGGCCUCCAGGAGCUACCAGGUGAAGCUGCAGAUGGCGCUGGAGCUGGUGAAGAAGGAGAUGGAGGAGGCCCUGAUGCAGGAAGCCAACGUGGGGAGGAAGACUGUGCUGUGGAAGGAGAAGGUGGAGAUGCAGCGGCAGCGCUUCAGGUUGGAGUUUGAGAAGCACCGCGGCUUUCUGGCUCUUGAAGAGCAGCUGCAGCUGCGGAGGCUGGAGGAGGAGGAGAGAGCCACCCUGCAGAGACUGCGGGACAGUAAGGACCAGCUGGCCCAGCACAGCAAGGCCCUCAAGGAGCUGGCAGAGGAGCUGGAGGAGAGGUGCCAGCGCCCAGCCCUGGGGCUGCUGGAGGGUGUGCAAGGAGCCCUGAGCCGGUUCUCUGCUCUUCUCAGAAGUAAGGCUGUGAUGCCGCUGGAACCAGAGACCAUCCCCAUGGAGCUGAAGACCCCAUGUCGCAUCCCUGGCAUGCGGGAAAUGUUGAGGAGAUUCCAAGUGGACGUGAAGCUGGACCCUUCCACGGCGCACCCCAGCCUCCUGCUGACAGCCGACCUGCGCAGCGUGCAGGACGGGGAGCUGUGGAGGGACGUGCCCCGCAACCCCGAGCGAUUCGACACCUGGCCCUGCAUCCUGGGCUUGCAGAGCUUCUCAUCAGGGAGACACUACUGGGAGGUGGUGGUGGGAGUGCGGGCCGAGUGGGGCCUGGGCGUCUGCCAGGACUCGGUGCAGAGGAAGGGGGAAGCCACGCCGUCCCCGGAGAACGGCGUCUGGGCCCUGUGGCUGCUGCGCGGCUGCGAGUACAUGGUGCUGACCUCCCCGUCCGCGCCCCUGCUGCAGCUAGAGCGGCCGCGCCGCAUCGGGGUCUUCCUGGACUACGAGGCGGGCGAGGUGUCCUUCUACAACGUCACGGACGGGUCCUACAUCUACAGCUUCAGCCAGGUGUCAUCGGGUGUCCUCCGGCCCUACUUCUUCGUCUGCGACGAGGCGCCGCUGAUCUUGCCACCGAUGGCAGAAGAGGAGGCAGAGAACUGGGCAUCCGGGGGCCACCCUGACCCUCCUCUCGUGGACGACCUUCAGUCCUGAAGUGCUGUGCUCAGGGUCCUCCCGCAACCUAUCCAAGGGCCCUGGAGAGCGGCGGAGGAGGGACAUACAGCUUCACCAAGUGCCCAGCUCAGGGCAGCCUCUUGCUCGGGCCUGAGGAGGUUCCUUGAAAUCCAAGCAGACAGGAGAUGCUGUGUAUGCGGGAACAUUGGACCUGGAGGGUCUCCUCAAACUAUUCCCGGAUGGCCCCCCACUUACUCGAUGGCUUUUCUUUCAAAUUAAUAGUCUCGUAUUAAAGAGUUCUGUAUGUUCGUUAUAAUUUCCAUUCUUUUCAGUGUCUUCUCUCCCAACGCUGAAUCUCCGGGCUGAGAGAUGGAAACCCUGCAGGGGGCCCGAGCAGGCUGAGGCUCCCUCCCGAGCCCUCCCUCACCUUCCUGGCUGGCUCCUCCUCUGUCUCAUUCCUUGCCCCCCCCCCCCUUUUUUUUCCUGGAUACCUCUGGUUGUUUAAAGUUUCGUUUCCUUUUACAUCAACAUAUUCAAAAUCAUCCUUCACAAGUGUGUCUUUAUUCUGGGAACAGUUUUUGAGGGUCGUGAAAUUCAUUGCUCCGACCAUAACAUGGAUUUCGAUCUUCUCUCUUUAUCUCUGCAAAUGUUUGUAAAAGUAGGAAUGCCCUAGAUAUUUGAUCCAACUGGUUUUCUUCAGAGUCAGGAGGGACUAAGGAAGGUUUGCAUCAGCUUGCCAAAGGGCUGCGCCCAUUCAUGGGGCCCAGAGGACAGCUGCAGCCUCCUGCCUGCUCUGGGGACUGGCCCCAGGACCACAGCAGGGGUCCUUCCCUCGGGGGUCUCCUGUGCCUGGAACAAUUUACUGGCCCUCACAGUAUUAGGGUAGGUAUUUAAGGUCAUGAUUGAUGUGACUAGUUUAAGUUAACUGUGUUAUUUAAAUAAAAUGGUGACGUUGAAAAUGAAAUGAUAAAAAUAACUUACUUUUGAAUUAUAUUCUGUACCUUUCCAACAAAAUCCUUUAAAAGUCAUUGAAGACCCCCUAUUCUGCCACCUUUGUCUUCAUUUUUAUCUAAUAUGUAAUUGCUAAACAAAUAUUGUAAUAUUCUAAUGCUAAAUGCUUAAAUAAUGAACAAAUAUAAAUUAUGAGCAAAUUUAA